AUGGCCGAUUUUGAUUCCAUUAGGGAUCAGACACUGCUCUUUUUCCUUGACCACCUCAUGGAAAAGGGACAGUCUCGGACGCUUCACGAUCUUUCGUGUCAAUUCGGUGCUAAGGGAUUCACCAAGGAGAUGCGCCAAAUAGCCGGUGGCAGCCAAUCAGGCUUGAAAAAGUUUUUAAGCCAGUUUCCUAGCUUGUUCACCAUUGAUGGCGACAACGUAAGUGCAGUGACCAUCACACCGCUGUCGAAUGAAAGAUACGGCACUUCGACGAGAGAUUACACCAAGGAAACGGUGGAGUUCUUUUAUAACAAAUUGGUCACCUACGGUAAUGCCGAAGUUCCGCUUAAAAGCCUCUUUGGUCAUAGAUCCCAGGCGUCCUCAGAAGUUCGCCAUGUCUCCGGACAGAACGUAAAGGAGUUUAAAGACUUUCUUUUCGCACAAGCCAACACUUUUGUCGUUCGCGAUGACUACGUAGUGCUCAAAUCAGUGCUGGAUCAGCUGGAGAAGGACGGCACGAACGAGCUACUGAAGCGAAUGCCAGAAGAAAUUAGUUUUGACCCUUACUUGAUGCAACAGUUGGUAAACGAGUUGGAAGAAACGCUGUUCAGUUUGACGGAGCAGUAUUCGAAUAAAAUUUCAGUCGAAUUGCUCUUCAACACCAUCAGGUCAAAGGAGAAACUGCCUCCUCUGUGGAGCAACUUUGUCCAGCAGUCAAGUGAUUUGCUCACCUUUCUUCACAUGAACUCGCGGGUCUUUCUCGUACAGAGCAACAUGGUCAGUCUUACUGCGGACCGAGAGCAAGCACUGCGCUUAGGUAAUGUUCAAAGAGCGCCCACAGUUACAGCAGCUCGCCAAGCCAAAACUGAAUCUCAGACACGUUUUGACUCAAACAAGUCAAGCGAGAAUAUUACUAGGCCUAGCCAAGAGCUGAAAGUUGGUCCCACUAGUCAGUCGUCAAAAUCCGCCCACAGUGUCAACCUUUUGCCAUCAUCUUCACCGGCAUCCGCAGCCGUCGCGGCCAUCUCCUCGAUCACCCCCAGUGCAGUGAAAUCGCCAAAAAGCCUCAACGAACGAUUUAGAUCUCACAUAAUCAAAGCUGUAACUGACAACUUGCAACAUGACUCGCGAUGUUCUGGCUCGCAAAUAUACUCCGGUGAAUGCUUCUACACUUCCGACUCGCCGCAGAACACCAGUGACACUUUCUACGACAGCAUUGACUUGCAGCUCAUCAAGCCAAAGAUUGUGUCCAGCCUUAAGGAGUGUGAAGAUGUAGUGGCCGACAUUUUUCGAAACUGCACCGAGGUCGCCCUAGACCUUGAGGGCAUCAACCUAGGCUCAUCAGGAGAAGUGACACUAGUGCAGGUGGCGUUCAUCUACUCAAAAGACUUUGCCCGGGCAUCAGCAGAAACACUUGUUCCGCGUGUGUUUAUUUUUGAUGUUCUUCUGUGCCCGAACAUGAUCAAGUCAGGUCUCAAGAGCCUACUCGAAUCGGACCAAAUAGUUAAAAUUUCUCAUGACAUUCGAAACAACAGUGCAGCUCUUUACAAGAACUUUGACAUCAAAUUGAACAACGUCUUUGACACUCAGGUCGCACAUCUUAUAAUACAGCAACAAUCGACGGGGAAACCUGCCUACAAGCCAACCAAGUACAUCUCACUGUACACCUUGUGCAGUCUCUACGGAGGACCGAAUCUGAAUCCAAAGGCAAAGGAUAAGCUUCACAAGAUAUACCGAAAGGACUUCAAAUACUGGCAGAGGAGGCCACUGAAUGACGAAAUGCUGGUCUUCGCCAUGACCGACGUCGUGGCCCUCCUACCAAACGUCUACCGAACAAUGCGUGAUCGAAUUCGCCAAGAGUACGAGCCACUGUUCAAGCAGCUAACUUACGAGUCAAUCUUUACCUACAUCAACACUGAUGAAAUUAGGCAAAUUAAACGACAGCGCAAGUUUGACCUAGAGCUUACUGACUUAAAGAUGAAGUUGUUUAAUAAUGAAAAGAAAAAGAUUGUCCUCAGCAAUCGGGAGAUUCGGCUACUAAGGUACGUUGAUUUGACCGAUGAAAUACGAAAUAAAAUUGAAGGUCCUCAGAACGUAGCGAAAAAGCUAAAACGGUUCGACAGCAAAAAAGUUAACGGAAUCGAUGCGUCGCCGAGAACUGAAACUGCCGAUGACUGCACUGAGAAGGGAAGAAGACUGAACAAGGCCAUGCAAUCAGAGGACGCUGGCAAGUGUGACCUGAGCGAUGACGAACUGGACGACUUGGACUACGAGGAGAUGCUCGAGGAAGAGGAAAUGGGAAUGGACGAGGAGGAAACGGAGAAUGAAUCGCUCAACUCUUCACUCAAGUCACACGAGUACAUGGUGGCCACUGUCGGCGAAUACGUCUCCAACUCCACCGACGAGUCCUCUUCCCUCUCGGCGAAGGCAACUAACCAACAUCAGCCGUGUUCUUGCAACUGCCAUCAGAACGGCAAAUCUGCCAAGCUGAAUGGCGACUCAACAAAUGGCACCGCCGGCAACAACAAGAUUAGUCGGCCGUUGGAAAGUAAAUGUCGCGAGGUGAGCACACAGACGCUGUCCACUGGUGAUAUUGUCAUCACGAUGAUUUACGUUCAAGAGGCAGAUGAGAAUACCGCUUCAAACGGUUGA